GUGAAAGUUGUUAAGUUUAGUUAUAUGUGGACCAUUAACAACUUCAGCUUUUGUCGAGAAGAAAUGGGCGAAGUAUUAAAAUCGUCUACAUUCUCCGCCGGAAUAAACGACAAACUGAAAUGGUGUUUGCGAGUGAAUCCUAAAGGCCUAGACGAGGAAAGCAAAGACUAUUUGUCUUUGUAUUUACUACUAGUCUCGUGCAACAAGACUGAGGUUAGAGCAAAAUUCAAAUUCUCAAUUUUAAAUGCCAAACGUGAAGAAACUAAGGCUAUGGAGAGUCAAAGGGCCUAUAGAUUCGUUCAAGGAAAGGAUUGGGGGUUCAAAAAAUUUAUUAGACGUGAUUUUCUAUUAGACGAAGCUAAUGGUCUUCUACCCGAUGAUAAACUUACCAUAUUUUGCGAGAUGGCUCGUUUGCAGGUAAGCGUUGUAGCUGAUAGUGUCAACAUAUCCGGUCAGUCAAAUGCGGUCCAAUUUAAAGUACCUGAAUGCCGUCUGCCCGACGAUCUAGGAAAUUUAUUCGAAAUACAAAAAUUUAGUGAUGUAACGCUUUCGGUUAGCGGGCGAGAAUUCCAAGCACACAAAGCUAUACUUGCCGCGAGAAGUCCCGUGUUCGCCGCCAUGUUUGAACACGAGAUGGAAGAACGCAAGCAAAACCGUGUCGCUAUUACCGACGUAGAUCACGAAGUCCUCAGAGAAAUGCUUCGGUUUAUCUACACCGGUCGAGCAGCGAAUUUAGAGAGAAUGGCGGACGAUUUGUUAGCGGCAGCCGACAAGUACGCUCUAGAGAGGCUGAAAGUCAUGUGCGAAGAAGCGCUGUGCAACAAUCUGUCGAUCGACAACGCGGCAGAUAUAUUGAUAUUGGCCGAUCUGCACAGUGCCGACCAACUGAAAGUACAAACAAUCGAGUUUAUUAACACGUGAGUAUACAUUAUAUUUAUACAUAAUAUAGUUUACU